GUCCACCUCCGUGCCUGUCACAGACCUCUGCCUCCGUCUCUGUCCGGACUAACCGAGUGCACUUCUCCUUCUGCUGAGAGCCCAACACCUGAAGAAACAUGGAGGCCAUCAAGAAGAAAAUGCAGAUGCUGAAGCUGGAUAAGGAGAACGCGAUCGACCGGGCAGAGCAGGCCGAGGGGGACAAGAAAGGAGCGGAGGACAAGUGCAAACAGCUGGAGGAGGAGUUGCUGGGUCUGCAGAAGAAGCUGAAAGGAGUAGAGGAUGAGCUGGACAAAUACUCCGAGUCGCUGAAGGAUGCCCAGGAGAAGCUGGAGCAAGCAGAGAAAAAAGCAACAGAUGCUGAGGCAGAAGUGGCAUCUCUAAACAGGCGUAUCCAGCUGGUGGAGGAGGAGUUGGACCGAGCUCAGGAGAGACUGGCUACUGCUCUGCAGAAGCUGGAAGAGGCUGAGAAAGCUGCAGAUGAGAGCGAGAGAGGAAUGAAGGUCAUCGAGAACAGAGCAUCAAAAGACGAAGAGAAAAUGGAGAUCCAGGAGAUGCAGCUGAAGGAAGCCAAACACAUCGCUGAGGAAGCCGACCGCAAAUAUGAAGAGGUUGCACGUAAACUGGUGAUCCUGGAGGGUGAUCUGGAGCGUUCAGAGGAGCGUGCCGAGGUGGCCGAGGCAAGAGUGAGGGAGCUGGAGGAGGAGCUCAGACUAAUGGACCAGAAUAUGAAGUCCAUGAUGUGCGGAGAGGAAGAGUACUCACAAAAGGAGGACAAAUAUGAGGAAGAAAUUAAAGUUCUUACUGACAAACUGAAAGAGGCUGAGACCCGUGCAGAGUUUGCAGAGAGGUCUGUGGCCAAGCUGGAGAAGACCAUCGAUGAUUUGGAAGAGAAACUGGGCAAAGCCAAAGAAGAGAACUUGGACAUGCACCAGGUCUUGGACCAAACCCUUGUGGAGCUCAACAAUCUAUAGAGACCUUUACAGAGCUAGGUGGGGGACAACAAUGUUUAAUCUCUCAGCGUAACAUCAACAGUUGUUAUCGGUAAAAACAUGUCAAGUCAUGUCAGAAUUGGUUCAAAUAUAAAUCUAUGGAGCCCCUGAAGAGACACAAGCAAAUACUUGUCUAUUGCAAACUGAAAGCUACAUCAUGUACGCACUGUAAAGGUCAUCAGAAAUGAUAAAUAAAAAGUUAUUUGCAUUCACUCUUGGGCACAGACAUCUCAAGAACAAUUGUUUCUGCUAGAAACGUUUCUCUUGAUUGACCAACAAUGACGAAGGAUUCCUCAUUGGGCAUACUGUAUUUGUGUAUGUAGCAGACGUCACUUAUGUAUUGCCAUAUUUUAAGAAUAGUGAUAAUGAUAACCAAAGCUUAAUUUGGGCGAAUCAGACAACGCUCUUUUGAAUAUUUUUGUUAUAGUCAUUUCUAACUCUUUCUAAAUUCUGUCUGAUUGGGGCAUCAGAUUAGAACAUACAUAUUUAAGAAGGUAAUGACCAACAGCAUAUUUUGUACUUUUAAUGUGGAGGACUUGAUGAAAUACCUUUUACCUUGUGGGGCAACGUGCAAAUUGAAUUGCCUUCAAAAACACACAAAUGUUAAUAUAUGUUAUCCAACAUCUUUUCUAUUAAAAUUAACCAGUUCUAGAUUGGCUACAUUAUUUGAAGUAAUUUUUGUCAGGUAUAUUAGGCAUUGCACAGUAUUCGAUGAAUUCAUAUGAUUUAAGUUUCUAAUAAAACAAAAAAGUAGAAAUAAGAGAGUGGGACGGAUUUUCCAUGUUAGAAGAUUAAUUGAAUAGUGGUGGUGGAAGGUGUAAUACUGACAUCUAACCUACCAGAAUAUAUGUUUUAUAUAUGGUAAAGAAAAGAGAUUUCCUCAAAAGACAGAUAUCAUAAUUCUAGGAUCUCUUUGAGAUGGUAUCACUUUUUACAGUGAUGUCAUAGUCUGACAAACAUUGUUCAUUACCCUGCCAGAAGGUUCUCCAUACAGCGCAAUUAACAAAGUGACCAACAGACCAUUCCAAACAAAUAAUUGGUUGCAGUAGUCAUAUCUGUUUCUGUUUUAUUUUUAGACUUUGACAUGAAGUGAAGUUUGAUUGUAUCCGAGUUGUUACCCAUGUACUGAUGUAAAAUCACCAGUGUAAACCAUUUGGAAUAAACAAAACAAGUUACUUG